GAUGUUCGAAUGUUUUCGUCCGUCCGUGUAUCCAUGGAGAUCGUUUCGAAAACAAAAUAUUUACCGAUUAUUGUCUUUUCAAGCCAGUGUUAGUUUUCUACAUCCCUUGGUUCGCCAAUAGACAUUUUUGCGUAUAUUAUUGCACAAAUUAAUCUCGCUUUCGUCGGUCGUUUGGUUCUGUGGUCUGUCAGUGGAUUAGCGUUGAUGUUUCACGUCGCUUGAUCGUUUGAUAUUAUCCUUUUGAAAAUGGAAGACGACGAUUUAGAAGUAUUAGAUUGUCCUGGAACGCCAGAGCCAUCCGAACACACGUUAAACUCCGCCAUCGAGCUGGGUAUGAGUCCAGUCAGUGUGAUGGGUAGCCGUAGACCGUCGAUAGAUGGAAUGUCUAGCACUUGUACAUCGCAGUCGGAAGUACGUUCAUUCAAGGACCGUCUUAGAGAACAUGUUAAUCAAGUUAAGGAAAGAGCCUCAAACACGGUAGUUAUCGAACAGACUAAAUCUAAAGUACAACCAAAUGUUAAACAGCCUGCUGAACGUCUAGCACAACUUAUGAAUUCAGAGAAUGAAGUAGUUGCAGCUGCUUUAGAAAAACAUGAAAAGGAUAAGCAAAGUAAAAAUUUGAUCACAAAUAACAUAAAUGAGGUUGAGCACGAAAUUGAGAGUUACAAUUUUUUUACUAAAGUUUGGGAUCCCCCUUCUACAACACUAGAAGUUCAAAAACAGUCGGCCGAAUCUAGUGAUGCAGAAAUUGGUGUUCAUAACGAUGAAAAUAAAAAAUUAGUUACAGAAGACUAUUUAGGACUAGCUGAUGGAGAAGACAUUGAUGUUAUUGAUCUUAAUAUUGUACCAUUUUUGGACACAUCUAUUAAAAUUAAAGAAGCAAGUGAAAAAAUGUAUUUUGUUCCGGAUGGAUCUCAAGUGGAUCUUGCCAAACGACUAAAUUCGAGACAGCCACGAUAUCCAGAAAAAGAAGGAUUGUAUGUUGGUACACAUCCUCCAGUCAGUAAAAAAUGUCUCAACAAGCUUCAACAUAGGCUGCUUAAAGCUAAUGAAUUUCACUGGUUUGGGGAAGAUGGUGAACCAAUUAGAUUACCUGAUCCUUUGAUUGGUCCAUUUUGCUGUAAAUUAUCAGACUCUACUGAAAACAAUAGAUACUUAGAUAUUAAGUACACCAAUGCAAUGCCGUUUAAGAAUCCCUACAGUUUCAAUAGCUUUUAUCAAGACAUUAAAGAUAUUAAAUUUAUUUUGGAAUUAAAAAUAUCGAAAAUUCAGUUCAGUCAUCACGCUUUGUUUAGUCGACAGCAUGUUCUGGACAAGCAAUUAUUAUUACUUUAUGAUAAGUAUGAGUAUCGUCAAAAUAUUUCCAGAACAAAAAUGCUAUCUGGUAGAUUGGAAGCAUUGAGAAAUGCCAGAGAUACUGUGAUUAAAGUGAUGGCUGAGGAAAAUGAUAAUGAAUUGUUAGAAAACCAUAAAAAUCGUUUACAUAGAUAUAAAACAGAAAUAAAAGAAACUCGAGUUCAGAGGUUACUAGAAGGCAAAGCAGAUCGCACUUUAAUAUCUAAUAUACUGGCAACUUGGAGAGAUUUGAAAAAAUUGAGAGAAAGACAAGAAUAUAUAAUUACGAAUACAAAAUUGGAAAUUAUUGUUGAUGACAAGGAUAAUACCGAAGAAUGGGAAUCUGAAUUCAAUAACCUUGUUGAAGAAACACUUGAAGAAAUGAAAGAGAAAAAUAUUGAAACCAAUAUUCCUGAAGUCAGAGACCAGGCAUGUAGUAUGCUAUCAGAGUCGUUGAGAUCACCAGGAGAGCCAAUAAUUAAAUUUAUCUUGUCAAAAAUUGAACCUACUCCAGUUGAACAAAUAACUGCCAAAGAAGAACUUCAACGGAGGUUGGCAUUGUCAAAACAUUCAAUCUGGUUUGACAUUAUGUUCAAUGGUCGUAUUGUAUGCGAAUCAGCAUUUUUACCACUAGAUGACAGUUUCUCAGUCGAUGUUAAUCAGAAAUUUGUCGUCGAAGUCCAUCAGUGGCCAGAUACAUUGUCUUUGAAUAUACACUGUGAAAAUUUAAAUUCAAAAAAUUUGUUUACAAAAAAUCCAAUAGCUGAACUUUACAUACCUUUUCCUUUAUGCAAUACUACUUUGGAUGUCGUCGACAUUGAAAACUUGGAAUUCAGCUGUUUUGGCAAUCAGAUUGUUCAAAAUGCUGGUGUUGGUAGUGGUGUGGAUUUCAAGGUGUUCCCAGAGGAUACGGAGGUUCAUUGUCUUUACACUUCUGGUGAAGUGUUAUGUAAGGUCGGUUGGGGUACUUUUGGUGAUAAAAUUUUAUGUCCACCUGAGGAUUACUUUAACAGACUCUAUCCUCAAAAUACCAAUAAUAUUCUAUCUACUAAAACAGAGAAGUAUUUAAACUGGAUGAAUGAUAUGCACCCAGAUCCUAAUGACCCGAAUAAUGCAUCGUUUUUUGAAGCUUUGAAAAAUGUUGAUGAGAAAAUGGUUUCUAUUAUGAAGACUAAGUUUAGUGUUAAUAUUUAUAAAAAAAUGUUGGAAUUUUGCUCGGAUGAAGAAUUAAACUCUAAUCCUAGACUAAAAUUAUUAAAGCUACGUGACCGAGGAGAAAUAGAAUUUAGAAUGGCCAAAGCUGUUCCUCUAAAGGAAUGGCUUAUACCAAAAAAUAUUUUUAAUGAAUUUGAAAAUCGUUUGUCAACUUCUGAGCUUGCCUUGGAAGUUGCUGGUCUUGGACCUUUGGAAACCAGUAGGAUCUGGGGCCGUUAUUCAGUUAUUAGACUCUACGAUAAAAUUCUUAAACAAUGUAAAUUAGGCAACAGGAAUAAAAUAACUAGAGAUAUUAUUGUUGAAGACACUGUUCCAGAUAUUGGGACUUUAGGUUUGACAUUCAUGAAAAUGUUUCAACCAAAGCGUCCUUUACGUCCUAAAAGAAAAGAAAGAAAAAAAAUACCUGUCAAAAGCUUAUCAGGACAAGAAAUCAAAGUUGUUAUAAAUGUAAUGAGAGCUUUUGAAGUACCUGUAAGAAAAAAUUCCGACAUGAUGAUGGGAGACAUAGCUAUGGUUCCAGUUCAACCAUUCAUAGAAAUAUCUUUCAAGAAUCAUACGAGUAGAACCACCACCGCUGAAGGUUCUAAUCCAACAUGGAAUCAAGAUUUACAAUUAACUGUUAGAUCAAAUUCUGUUGAUUUUUGUCCCAAUGAAGUUCAAUCUAUUGACGAUUGCAUACAUAUAAAUAUGUAUGAUGAAGUAGUAAUCGAUAUAUUAGAAGAUGAUAGAACUCGGGAAACAAACAUACAUCAACGUUUAGAGAGACACUGGUUGGGUAGCUGUGUUAUACCCAUAUCAGCAUUAUUCAACAGUUCUCAAAUCGAGGGAACAUUUCAACUAAACACACCUAGACAUCUUUUAGGAUACGAAAGAAUUAUAUCAAACUCUGAAAGCUCUCAUUAUAGAAACUCAACAUUUCUGAGCUUGUUCAUUAUGGCUCAGCCACCUUUGCAUCCUCCUGAACCCAUCAAGGAAAGGUUGGACUGCAGCGAAUCGUUGAACUUCGAACGGUACUUGGAGUACUGGUGCGCGGAAGGAGCCAAGCAAUUUCCCCGGAGGCCCGUGAAAACGUUGGUGAUACAUUGCAGCGGGAAAUCCGUUUGCGUGACGAGAUUCUUCAGGCCGUUACCGCUUCCGGCGAUUUCCGACGACGUGCCGAACACCACCGCGGAAAUGGUCGCCAGAUACGUGUCGCUCGUACCCACCGUCAACAUCAACGUGCUGCUCAUCGGUCGUUUCGACGUCUGGCUCACCGGCGACCAACUGUUGGGCCUGCUGUUCGGCGGCGGUUCGGGCGUGGACCACGGCAUCUUGCUGUGCUGUUACUUCAUGAAGCUGAACGUCCGGUCGUGGCUGCUGCUGGGCACCGGCGUGUCCCGGGGCGAAGCCGCUUACGUGCUGACGUCCCGCCAGCUUCCGGACAACCCGGCCGUCACCGUGUACGACAUCUGGGAUCCGCUCACCGGUCAGAAGUACUCCACGUGCGACAGUUUUUCGCCCAUACAAGAAGUGCACUGUUUGAUCAACGUGGAAAACAUUUGGUUGAACGUGCAGUACGAGAAAUCGGUGACCAGAACUAGGUGGGACGUGACACAGAACCGGGACUGGAACCCGGCGUUCGGCCGUUACCAAGCCGCGCCCCCCAUGGCCGGUUCCGUGCAGCCGGACGCGUUGGACUACACGCCGCCGGCGAUCGCGGACGCGCGUGUCCUGCAGGAGAAGCUGGAGACCACGCUGAGGAACGCUCUGAUGAGAUGGCGGGUCAAGUCCAAGACGGUAUGGAACAGGUAUUGCGUGACUGUGCUGCGGAAGGUGCUGCCGUGUCUGGAGCGAGAGACGUGGACCAAGAACGCCGCUGACAACGGUCACCCGGCCGAGUUACAGCACUUGCUCGUGUCCCACAAGAUGAACGGAUUUCCCAUCAACAGACCGUACAGCAACACCGAAGUUCUGGUUGAUGCAAUUAAAUCUACAGGCAUGCAUUUGAACGAGAAUCCGCUGGUGGAAUUCGCCCUCGCCGUCUACGUCCAUCCGUACCCGAAUCAAGUGCUGUCUGUUUGGAUAUACUUAGCGUCUUUGCAGCCCAGACGUUAAUCGUCGGUUGAUUAAUGUUGAUUAAUGCGUUGCACAACGAACGUGUAAACACAUACGCGGGCAAUUUAACGAUGUAUUUAUUGUUCGUACGUUUCGUUGUUGCUAAAAAUGUAUUUCGUUCCGUUAACUGGUAACGCGUGCGCGUCGAACACGAAAAUUGCAUUUUUUUUUUCUCAAUUUUGUUCCACUCUACAAUCGAUCGAUGUAAUAACAACAGUCUAAUCAGAACCGAUUCACAGUGGACCAGAAUACAAUAAUUGGUCUAUAAUUAAAAUAAAAAUUUACCAACAAUUGA